AUGGCACAAAUAUCGACUGUAGAAUAUGAAACAACUAUUUUUACAUUACCACCGGAUAAUAUCGGCCCAAAUAAAGCCACUUUAUUACAUGCUCGAACAAAAAAUAAUAAUAGCAAUUUUUAUAAAGCAAUUCUUUAUAUACAUGGAUUUAUUGAUUAUUAUUUUCAUGAUCAUGUUUGUAUGCGUUUUUUGGAAAAAGGUUAUGAUUUUUAUGCGCUUGAUUUGCGUAAAUGCGGUCGAUCGAUAAUUUCACCUGAGCACGAUCAAUAUAAACAUUAUUGUAAUGAUCUUCGUGAAUAUGAUGAAGAAAUUACACUUGCUAUUGAACAUAUCACUAAAGAAGCAAAGACUCAAAAUAGAAAAAUACUGCUUUUCGGACAUUCAACUGGUGGUCUUAUUGCUACUCUCUACGCAAGUUCUGGUUCAAGAAAUGCUGAUAUUGAUGCUGUUAUUCUCAACAGUCCCUACUUAUCUAUAGUAGAAUCGACUGCAAUUGAAUCAGCACUUUUAACUGUUCUCAGGAAAUUAAAAAUCUCUCAAGAUGUUGAUGCCGGUUGGUAUGGUCGAUCAGUACAUGUGUCAGAUCGAGGCGAAUGGAAUUUCGAUUUAAACAAAAUACCAAUAGAUACAGUUCGAUUGCACGGUUCAUUUUUUUCUGCUGUCCAUAGAAUUCACCAAGAUUUGAUAAAAGGACGAAUUAAAAUGAAAUGUCCAGUAUUAUUAAUGUGUUCAAAUCGUUCAAUGCAUGCAGAAAAACAAUGGCGUGAUGAAUAUGGAGAAGCUGAUAUUGUUGUCAAUGUAAAAGCCAUGCGAUGUGCAGCUACUAUGAUUAGUUCACAAGUAACAAUUUAUGAAAUUGAAAAUGCCAAACAUGAUAUUUUCUUGUCCAAACAAUCUGUUCGCGAAAAAGCUUUCGACUUAAUGUUUCGAUGGCUUCGACAUCUUGAGGAGGAUUGGUGA